AUGUCCAUUAAGCUCCGGGAAUUGAUCCGAAGCAUUCGCGCAUGCAAGACCGCGGCAGAGGAACGGGCCGUCGUGGCACGGGAGUGUGCUUUGAUUCGAACGGCUUUCAAGGAGGAUGACAACCAAUUCAGGCACCGAAAUGUGGCCAAGUUGCUCUUCAUUCAUAUGAUGGGAUAUCCAACCCAUUUUGGGCAAAUGGAAUGCUUGAAGUUGAUUGCAUCCAGCAAAUUUCCUGAGAAGCGCGUGGGCUAUCUUGGUCUCACCCAGCUCUUGGACGAAAACACCGAGGUGCUCAUGUUGGUGACAAACUCCAUCAAGAAUGACAUGGCCAACGACAAUCAGUACGUCAACGGCCUGGCUUUGUGCGCUUUAGGCAACAUCGGCAGCAACGAGAUGUGUCGCGCACUGGCGCGGGAAGUGGAGAAUAUGAUGGCAUCUCCCAACCCCUACAUCCGCAAGAAGGCGGCGCUCUGCGCCAUGCGAAUUGUGCGAAAGGUGGAUGAGAUCGAGGACAAGUUCAACAAUAAGAUUGGAAACCUCCUUGAAGACCGCAAUCAUGGUGUGCUACUUGCAGGUUGCUCCCUAUUGACUGCUCUCCUGGAGGUCAACCCAUCCUACAUCAAGGAGUUUCGGCGCUAUAUCCCAGCACUCGUGAGGGCCUUGAGAAAUAUGGUCACCUCUGGCUACACCAAUGCUGCGGAGUAUGACAUCGCAGGCAUUACAGAUCCAUUCCUACAGGCCAAAGUCCUGCGACUCCUCCGGCUCUUUGGUGAAAAAAAUGCUGAUGCAAGCGACGAGAUGAACGACAUCUUGGCACAGGUUGCCACAAACACUGAGGGUACCAAGAACACUGGCAACUCCAUUCUGUACGAGUGUGUGCUCACCAUCAUGUCCAUUGAUGCAGAGAGUGGCCUGCGGGUGCUUGGAAUCAACAUCUUGGGGCGUUUCUUGCUGAGUCGGGACAACAACAUCCGUUAUGUGGCCCUGGCAACGUUGCAACGAGUGGUGAACGUGGACCAACAAGUCAUGCAGCGACACCGCAACACCAUCAUCGAUUGCUUGAAGGACCCGGAUAUUUCCAUUCGAAAGCGAGCACUAGAUGUGACCUAUUCGCUGGUGGAUGAAGCCAACAUCAAGAGCAUGACGAAGGAGCUUCUGAACUAUUUGUUGGUGGCAGAAGCCGACUUCAAGGAAGAGCUGUGUAGCAAAAUCUGCAUGGCCGUUGAGAAGUUUUCGCCCAACCGCCGUUGGCAGAUCGAUACCUUGAUCAAAGUCAUGUGCCUGGGUGGAAACUAUGUGAAGGAAGCGCAGCGAGAGAAGUUUUGCCGCGUGGUCGCGGCGACCCCGGAGCUGCAUUCCUACACAGUGAUCAAGCUCUACUUCAACAUGAAGGAAAGCCUGAGUCAAGAGGCCUUAGUACACGUAGGCGUUUGGUGCUUGGGCGAGUUCGGUGAUCAUUUGGUCUCCGGGAAAGCGGUGGGACCCGACAACCAGCCCAUCCGAGUUACACCAGGCGACGUCUUGGACCUGCUCUACGACGUGGUUCGGAAGCCCCCCACGGCGGAGCGGGCGGCGGGAACUCAUUGCCUAGUCACGGCGGCACUGAUUAAGCUAGUGACCAGGUGUCCUAGUGAAUUCGAGAAGAUCAGAAAACUGCUACGAAGAUUUGACUGCAGUCUUCACGUGGACCUCCAGCAACGCAGCUGCGAAUUCCUCGAGAUCCUGGGCGCGGACUGGGACUCGCAUCGCCCGGGGAUCUUGGAUCGAAUGCCGGUGCCUGAGAAGGAGAUCGGUGGUGCAGAGACCCGUGACAUCGGCGACGCCUCCAUCGACGAAGUGCCGCGCGCUUCGCGCGGCCCCGUGGGUCCUGUGGGUGGCGGUGGCAAGGAUUUGUUAGAUCUCAACGAUCUCUUGGACGGACAAGCGGCACCUGCCACGGGCGGCACGGGCGGCACUGCUGCCUACCCGGCCACUGGUGGUGGAGGGGGCGAUUUGCUGGAUCUUCUGGACGGCGGCGCCCCUGCUGCGCCCAGCCAAGCGCCGGCGCCGGCGGAAGGAUUCAUGGACAUCUUCGGCGGUGCAGGCGGUGCAGAGGCACCAACCAUGGUGGCCUUUGAAAAGAACGGACUGAAAGUGACCUUCCAUCCUCGCAAGGAUGCAGACGGUUCCGUCACGGUCUUGGCGAAGUUCUCGAACAGCUUGAACGUGCCCAUGACAAACUUCGUCUUCGAAGCCGCCGUUCCAAAGUUCGUGACGCUGACUAUGCAGCCGGCUACGGGACAGAUCUUGCCGCCCAAUACGGCGGAUUUGGUGACCCAAAGCAUGAGCUGCGUGAAUUCCAGCAAUGGCGAGAAAGCCUUGAUCAUGAAGCUGCGGAUUGGUUACGUGUGCAACGGCGCGCCAGUUCAAGAAAUGGGUCAAGUAGGUGGCUUUCCAGCUGGAUACUAG